UCUCCUGAUUUCUCAUUCCCGCCCCUGCGAGUGAAUCGUGAUUACGAGAUCUCGAAGGGAAAAGGAAAGGGAGAAGCGAAAAAUAAUAAUUUCAAAGUUAAAGAAAUUGUUCAAUAAGCGACUUCGGUAUAUUUAUAUUUAAACGCCGACCGAACAAUAAUCAUUAUUGAAGAUUAAAUGUUCCUACCUAGUCGGAAGCAAGAGGGAAUCCAACAAACUCUAAACUCCAACAAAUUUAGGGGUUUUCAGUACCUAUUCCAGCUAUUCCACCAGCUAUCUUAAGGAGUGGAUACCGAGUUUACUUCGAACUUACCUUGAACUUCUCCCUACCUCUUACUUUUUUUAAUAUUUCCAAUCCUCAAUCCAUCAUUUCCAUUCACUCCUUUUAAAUUUCCUAUUCGCAUAAUUCAUCAGAUCACAGAUAUCACUUUUUAAUUCAUCGUCUUGUUGUUACCAAUCAACCACAUCGAGAUUCUCUACAGACGGCUAUAGUGAGCAUUCACCAUGGCCUCCACCACCAACGGCAAGGCUGGAGUUAUCAAAGCUUCCGAAGAUGCUGGUAGCAUGGACAAGCUCGCGCAUGCCGUACUUGAUGAUCUACUCUACAACAUAGUGCACGACCUAUUAAUGAAGACACAUCGAGACGAGAAGAUCGCCCGUGCAGCAACAGCCGCCAUUCGAGUCGAAAAGUUGGCCGCCGAUACUUCAGAUUCUUCUGCCCCCGACGCCCGACCGGACGUAAAAGUCGAGACAGACGCAGCAAUCUACGACGAAGGAAAGGUAUUAUUGAAGGGAAACCCGUUAGCCACCACAAAAGACAUAGUCUGCCCGAGAUGCCACCUUCCGAGAUUACUAUACCCUACAGAUGGCAAGGGAGCCCGAAAACCCGAUCCGAGCAUAAUAUACUGCAAAAAGCAUCCGUACAUCGAAAAGCCCGGCUACGAUAUUUACGGUCAGACGUGGGUUGCACAGGGGCCAGGAAGAGGCAAAAAGAAGAAGGAUAUGGAGAAGAAGCUGGAACAGAAUUCAGAUUCACAGACACCUACACCCGAAGGAGGAACUGGCGGUGGAGGUGCUGCUUCACGACCUCCGAACAUGCUGUCUUUCCCGUCUGCUACAUGUAGCAAGUGUAAGAGGUGCAUCCUGGUCACCCGGCUAAACAACCACAUGGGUUCGUGCAUUGGAAAUAGCGGACGCAAUGCAAGCCGUGCUGCUGCGCAGAAGAUCAGUAACGGUAACAACGCGAACGGAAGCGCGGAUGGAACUCCACCGUCGAGUCAGAAGGGCACUCCCCACCCGAGUUCAAGAGCAAGCAGUCCCAAUAAGAAGAGAGACGGCGACGAGAUGGACGAUGAUGAUGAGACCGAUAACGACUCGCACAAGAAGAAGAAAUUGAAGCCCACGGCCGCGAAUGCAGCUAACAAGAAGCUCAUUCUUAAGCAGAAGGGCGCGUCAGGCACUAAGAAGGAGAAGGUGAAGACAGGCUCCUCGCUCGUCGUGGAACAAAAAGUGGACGACGAUGAUGCCGAGGGAUCUACGGUUGAAGUUGCGCCUAAGAAAAAGGUCACAAAAGUUCCGAGUCCAGCGAAGAAGUUGAAGCUGGGUGCUUCAAAACCGCUGCUCUCAUCACCGAUGUCUAAAAGCAAUGGAAAGACAUCAGCUCCUAGUGGCGGAGGAGAUGAUGACCGCGAGUCCGAGAGCUCGGGGACCUUGUCUUCGCCGCCCGUUAAUGUAUGAACAAGUAAUGGUUUAUGGUCGAAAAAUUAGAGAAAUAACGAUACCCUUUUCCGUGGCAAAGUACCACAAAUUCUAACCGACUGCCCAGAAGUCCGAACGGUCAGUCUUCAUUCACCACCCACCGACUUGCAAAUUUCGCAGUACGUCGCAACGAUGAUCACGGCUUUGCAUUCAAAAGGUGUUCCGGGGCUAUCUUGCCAGCAACAGGGGAUUCUAGGCUGCAUCAAGUUUUGCAUCUGGGCGUCAACAGGAAAACUCGAUGAGCAAUGUCAUCAGCAAUUAUCAAACUGUGUAUCUUUAGAGAGCGCUUCUUUUGCACAUAUGUAAUACAUGGCCCUUCGAUAGCAAUGCCAGGGCGUACAUUUGGCAUCAUCU